AUGCAAUAUUUUAUUUUGGCUCUUAUUGUGUUUGGUUGUGCGUGUAACCAUUCUAUGGUGACAGGAGGUCCAAUGGUGAAUGCCAGGGAAACAGAAACUUCACCGGAAACAUCACAGGUCUAUCCAACUGCACUACUUGCACGAAAUUCACCCGAUGCAAAACCUGUACGUGUUAUUCAUUCACCAAUUUUAUCAGCACGUAAACAUGGCGAUGAAUCGAACACACCCGAAACUGGUCUCUUACGAAAACCAGUUGAAAUCAAUGAUGAGCAUUUGAAACAUUCAUCAGUUAUGCCAGUAGUAAUACCGAUUCGCAAACCUAAUAAUUCAUCGACGCAUAAAAAAGGAAUGUCCCAUAACAAAUCAAGCGGAGAAAACACUAUCGUAAACUGUGCACAUGUUGAAUGCCCAGCCAUUCUUUGUCAAAACAGUUUACCAGCAGUACCUAGUCAAGGAAUUUGUUGUCCACGAUGUCCUACGAAUACAAAAUGCAAUAAGACUGCAUGUCCCAAAUAUAAAUGUGCUACUUAUCUUGUUCCAGCUAAUAUAACAGCUGGUGAAUGUUGCGAUCAUUGUGCACCACUCAGCGCUACAACUACUACUGUUGCAACAAAGAAACACGCAAUGCCUCAUCGACCAUCUUCAAAAUCCUUAUCUGAAGGAAAAGGUGCCAGCAAAACAAAACAUGAUGAAACACAUAACCGUGAUAUGGGUGAAUUUCAUCGAGAAGCAGAUCGACCAUCUUCAAAAUCCUUAUCUGAAGGAAAAGGUGCCAACAAAACAAAACAUGAUGAAACACAUAAGCGUGAUAUGGAAGAAUUUCAUCGAGAAGCAGAUCGACCAUCUUCAAAAUCUUUAUCCGAAGGAAAAGGUCCCAAGAAAACAAAACAUGAUGAAACACAUAGACGUGAUAUGGAUGAAUUUCAUCGAAAAGCAGAUCGACCAUCUUCAAAAUCCUUAUCCGAAGGAAAAGGUGCCAACAAAACAAAACAUGAUGAAACACAUGAACGUGAUAUGGGUGAAUUUCAUCGAGAGGCAGAUCGACAUUAUGUAAAAUUGGUUCGUUUAUUAACUAAAAUGUUGGGUCGUCUUGGUUAUCUUAAUCCACGCCAUCAUCAUAAGCAUCAUACUGAAUCAGAUGAUCAAUAA